CCGUUCCCCCCCUUUCCGUCUUUCCUUUGGGUUGCCCGGUAGCGCCCCUGGAUAUCCCUCCGAUCCCUUAGCAGCAGUGCUCCUUUCGCUCGUUUCACGCACACACAGGGCUCCCAGCUCCGGCAGCAUAUACAUCUAGUUGAAGAAAAAAUGCGUUUCUUUGCGUCUGCGUCUCUCCUCGCCGUUGCGGCACCUGCCCUCAUUUCGGCACGGCCCGUUCGCCGGACGGCCAGCGCCACUGACAUCCUUGUGUUGAAGUUUGCGGAUGUCCUUGAACAGCUCGAGUCCCAGUUCUACUCCCAGGCGCUCCAGAAGUUCCAGGAGUCGGACUUCACCAGCGCUGGUUUCUCCAACGCUGCGAUUGCGACCGAACAGUUCACCGCCAUCCAGAGCGAUGAGGCGACCCACGCGAGCAUCCUCGAGGACACCAUCACGAGCCUGGGCGACUCCGCCAUCUCCGGCUGCUCCUUCGACUUCUCGAGCGCCCUGACGGAUGUACCGACCAUGGCUGCCACCGCCCGAGUCGUCGAGAACCUGGGUGUCGCGGCCUACCUCGGCGCGGCGCACCUGCUGGACGACCCCGUCCUGCUCACCGCGGCCGGCUCCAUCCUGACGGUCGAGGCCCGCCACCAGACCGUGCUCAACAUCUUCUCCGGCUCCGGCUCCGCGAUCCCCAGCGCGUUCGACCUCGGCUUCACCCCCUCGGAGGUGCUUGCCAUCGCCAGCCCCUUCAUCUCGGGCUGCGACACCGGUGUCCCCGCCAACCCCUCGCUGUCGAUCACGAACCAGGGCACGGUCACGACCGGCACCUCGCUCUCCUUCAGCUCGAGCGCGCUCAACGGCUCGACCGACGGCCUCUUCUGCAACAUGCUCAUCGGCGGCCUACCCUUCGCGAUCUCGCUCCCCUUCAGCCAGUGCGUCGUCCCCGCCGGAAUCAACGGCCCCGUCGCCAUCUGGAUCAUGUCCGACGACCAGCCCGUCGCCGCGUCCCCCGUCGACCGCGACACUUCCAAGCUCGUCGCCGGCCCGACCAUGGCCUUCAUCGACACCAUCUCGCAGUCGCUCCCUGAGGCCGCCCGCACCGUCUCUGGCACAUCGUCCUCGUCGUCCUCGUCUUCCAGCUCGGACUCGUCCAGCUCCGGAUCGGACUCGAGUUCCGGUUCGGCGUCGAGCACCGACAGCGCGUCGACCGUCGUGAGCACGUCGACCAUCAGCUCCGACCAGGCGAGCUCCAUCAUCGCCAGCGCGUCGGCCACCGCGUCCGGCGCCGCCGCCACGUCGAGCGCCGCCGCGUCCGGCGACAGCUCGAGCUCGAACCCCAACCCCGCCAACGACGCCGCCGCGGGUAUCAACAUCUCCUUCGCGAACAUGUUCACCGGCCCGUCGCCCGACGGCCACACGAACGUCAUCGGCUGGACGAACAUCUAAACAAUCUCGUUCGUUUUCGCCGCCGCGUUUAUCCCGUAGGGGAUAGAUUUGGGGAUGGGCCGUAUGGAUGGGGGACGGGAGGUACAUAGUAGGGAUCAGCUCUUUUUUUAAUCGAUAAUCGGACACUUCUUCGCGGAGACGAUCCGCCUUCAACGAGCAAUAUGGACUAUCAUUGGGCUGACUAGAGCGCACACCUCGUUCCUCAACGCAAACCUUGUUCGCAUCUUUUUCUCUCUUCUUUAUCUCUGUCUUGGUUGUUAUUUUGUCCUUGGAGCGCAAGAGAUCAUUAUGUACUCGCUGUACAAGCCUUUGUGUAUGUGGAGCGCUGUCACCUUACAAUCUCACACUGGACGAGGGGU